UACACGUGAGAGCGGACUUAUACUUGAGUGCUUGCAGCAUAUGUGCACGACAUAGAUGCUCUACGUUAGCUCAGUUACCAGCACUAAUGCACAAGGGAAUUUCUGGGUCACAUAACGACACAUGUGCGUUAUAAUCAUAGCCGGAGGAAACAGUCUCAGCACUUCUAUCUGGACACCAGGAUGUGAGCACACAUACAACUGUACGCGUUGCGUAUGGGAAAAGGGGUUGCCAGAAAAAAAUCCCACACUAACGAUAACCGCAGGCUACGCAUCAGCGGCUUGAUCCCGUGUGUACGUAACACGAUACCGUCUCCACAUCAUCGCGAUGUGUUUGUCAGCGAUUAUUUACAUGCAACGCCCGUUUUUAUUACAGCGUAGACGGGCGGCGUUGGCAACGCGACCACGGUACGUAAAACAAUUCCGCUGUGAACUCAGUAGAAGGUGACUGUGUAUGGGCAUCGUCUGCGAGUGAGGGCGAAGCAAGAAGUGCACGAGAGCCGGCGAUCAUCACGGCGCCGCCAUUUGCAAUGCAGUGACGUCAUGCGAUGAAGUGAGCGCUCUCACGGACUAACCGAUCAAUCGCUUCUCGUCGCUGGAGUUUGUCGGCGCGUCCUGCCGUGACGGUACGCCAGCGUCACGUCUGUUCGCGUCAUGCGGCUCGUCUACGUCAUACUUCUUGCGUGCGCGCAGACGACCGCCGGUGGCGCCGUCGCCGCUCCGUGCGAGUGUCGGCUCACCGACGACGACGUCUACGACUGCACCGUGUCGGCGCCGCUCAACUCGUCGUCGCCGCUGUACGGCAGUCUGAACAGAGCGCUGCAAGCGGCGACGAGCGACGUGACGAGCGCACGACGCAUCGCCGUCACCUGCACGGACCGCUACGACGUGCGCAUCGAACCCGGACUGCUCGGCUACUACCAGCAACUCGACGUGCUAACGAUCGCAACCUGUCGGCUAGAGUAUCUCCCGCAGCUGGUCACGGCCAACUGCGACAAGUACGUGUAUCGGGCGCUGUCGGCGCUGGAGGUCACCGACACCGGCAUCAGCCGCAUCGCUCCGUCGGCGUUCUGCGGUCUGUACAACCUCGCCCGGCUGCGACUGGUGUACAACGAACUGACGACGCUCACAAAGGACAUGCUGGACGGACUCGGACCCUCCAUGUCGAGUCUCGAUCUCGCGAGUAACUUCAUUGACAGUCUCGAGUCGAAUGUCUUCGCCGAUCUGACAAACCUAGAGGAGUUACAUCUGGAGGGAAAUCGCCUUCGGGAAGUUUCGGCCGAACUCUUCGCUCCGUUCGCUGAUCGGCUUAAGUUAUUGACGCUGGACUACAACGAACUACGCACGCCAGCAGAGGGCGCGUUUAAAGGCAUGCGCAACUUGGAGAAGCUCCAGUUGGGCUCCAAUCCGCUGUCGGAACUGCCGACGGACAUAUUCGCGGAUUUGGGAAACCUCGACUUUCUCAGCAUCGAUAACAUCACCAUGACAACGCUCGAUCCUCGUCUGAUCGCGCCACUGACGCGCCUGACGACGCUCUACGUCGCCUGGAAUCAGAUCACGGACGUCGUCGCCUUCAUGGACAACAUGACGGCGUACGCGUCGGCCAGACCGCUCGACUCGGCCGUCGACGUUGUCUGCUCGGGCAAUCCGUUCUACUGCGACUGCGAACUCGUGACGAGCGACGGCGCUCUGGUGGCUGCGUUUCAGCGGCAGGCUGACGUGUCGGCGAAGAUGCGCUACCACGAGUUGAACUGCCACGAACCGUUCUACAGCGACUACGCGCUGAGCAACCUCGCCAUCUACCCGGACGAAUUCGACAAGAUGCGCAGCGACGUGCUGCGUCUCAACGACUGCUACGAGCGGAACUUCACAUCCUGCUCGCUCGCCACAGACCGCAAUGGCACGAAGGGGGCAGUGCUCUACUGCGACUUCCUGGGCAUCACCGAACUGCGCGAGUUCGCGGCCGACUGGGCCGAAAUUGCCGAAUACAACGUGGCCGCCAUUUUUCUAGACGGGAACUUUCUCGACGAUUUCAAUUUGAGCGACACUGGUCUGAAUCUCGAGAAGCCAUUGACGAUCCUCUCGCUAUCUCAGAACAACAUCGACGAGGGCGGCCUCAGUCUGAAGGAGAUUCUAACGCACGGCGUCACGUAUCUCGGAUUGACGGAAAAUAACCUGACGCAGCUGCCCGAUAAGGACUUCAUGCUCGCCAACUCGCUGGCGUCGCUCGACGUGCAGGUGAUAUCGCUCAACGGCAACCCGUUUCGCUGCGACUGCGAGACGUCGUACCUGAAGCGCUGGUUUAGCAACAACGCGCAGCGCAUCAACAAGCCGAACGAGACGUUCUGCACCUCGGGACCGCUCAUCGAGCAGUGGGAGAUCUACCGCAGGACGGCCAUCGCCGACCUUCCCGACGACGUGUUCACGUGCGACAGCGCGACGGAAGUCGCCGACGGGAGACGGCGGCGACCCGGCCGACCCGACGUUCCCCUACGUGUAUCUAUCGCUGCUCGUCGUGCCGCUCGCCCUGCUGGCAGGUGUCGUCGGCGUCGGCGGGUACGUCUGCCGCAGACGCGACGUCGGCGACGACGGCGACGAAAGCGCGACGGGCAAGGAGUACGACGCCUUCAUCGCCUUCAGCAGUCAGGACUUUGAGUUCGUCGCGCGCACGCUGGUGCCGGGUCUGGAGGGCAUGCGACCACCGUACCGACUCUGCGUGCACGACCGCGACUUC